AUGGAUCGAUUGCUUGGAGUGAGAAAAGGAGCUUGGACUGAAGAAGAAGAUCAACUUCUACGCCAAUGUAUUGAGAAGUAUGGAGAAGGAAUGUCGCGCCAAGUUCCUCUUAGAGCAGUUAUUAUAAGAUGCAGAAAGAGCUGCAGGUUGAGAUGGUUAAAUCAUCUCAGUCCCAAUAUCAAAAGAGGAGGGUUCACGCAAGAUGAAGUUGACCUCCUCCUCAGGCUUCACAAGCUCUUAGGCAACAGAUGGUCUUUAAUUUCUGGUAGGCUUCCAGGAAGAACAGCCAAUGAUAUCAAGAAUUACUGGAACACUCGCUUCUUCAACAGAAAGACAAGUGGUACUAUUGCUUCAAAAUGGGAAGAGGUGGAAGCCACAACUCUUGUAAGCAAGAAAAACGAAAUCAUAAAGCCUCGGCCAUGGACCUUCCCCAAGACUUCCCCUUGGGUGUUGGGAAGCUUAUCUUCUUUGAAUACCUCUCCUGACCCAUCUGCUACUAAGGUUAGUACUUCCAAUGGUCCAAGAGAAAUGCUGGGCAUGAAAUUUCCUACUCUAUCUAGUACUCAAGGGUAUACUAGGCUAGAACAGGAAAAUGACUCUUUUGAUAACGAACUAGAGAAAGGCAAGUCAGGCUAUAUUGGUGGAUUUGCAGAAGAUCUGAUAGGAAGUCCCUGUGUUGAAGAUGAUCUGCAGCCAAUGGUACAGGUUGAGAAUCACACUUUCUUAGAAGAAGGCAGCAUAGGUUGGGAUGACUACUUCUGUUUGGAUUUCAACUUUUGGGAUACACUGCCAGCUGAAGGGAACUUGUUUCAUGAUGCAAAUAGUCUGUAUGCGUAAAACAUGAGAGAGAGAGAGAGAGACAGUGAGAGAGUGUGUGUGUGUGUUUUUCAGCUUCAUAUAUAUGGUUUUAUUCGUGCUUGUUUCUAUAUAUGGUUUCAUUUGGUACA